AUUUCGACUCGGGCCUUGGCAUGAUGACGGGCAUCGCUCCCAUGAACCCCAUGAUGCCUGGCCUUGGUUACGUACCCCCGCCCCCCCUUCCCCAAGAUCUGCCCAUCGUCAAGGAGAUCAUCCACUGCCAAAGCUGCACCCUCUUCCCCCCAAACCCACACCUUCCCUCUCCGGCCAUGAGGGAGCGCCCUCCAGGUUGUAAAACGGUGUUUGUGGGCGGUCUGCCAGAGAAUGCCACCGAGGCACUCAUUGUGGAGGUGUUUGGCCAGUGUGGUGACAUCAUCGCCAUCCGCAAGAGCAAGAAGAACUUCUGCCACAUCCGAUUCGCUGAAGAGUUCACUGUAGACAGAGCCCUCUUCUUAUGUGGCUACCGUAUGCGUCUGGGCUCCAGUACAGACAAGAAGGACACAGGGCGGCUCCAUGUGGAUUUUGCCCAAGCCAGAGAUGACCUGUAUGAGUGGGAGUGUCGUCAGCGCUUGUAUGCCAGAGAGGAGAGGCACCGCAGGAGGAUGGAGGAGGACCGUUUCAGACCCCCCUCUCCUCCACUCAUCGUCCAUUACUCAGACCACGAGUGUAGUCAGCUGGGGGACAAGAUUAAAGAUGAGGCAGCGUUUGCGGAGGCGGUGCGCGUGCUGCUGACCUGGGUGGAACGCGGCGAGGUGAACCGUCGUAACGCCAACAACUUCUAUUCCAUGAUCCAGUCGUCCAACAGCCACAUCCGCCAGCUGAUGAGUCAAAAGGCCACCCACGAGAAGGAGAUGGAGGAAGCCAAGGACAAGUUCAAAAGCGCCCUCUCUGGCAUCCUGGCACAAUUUGAGCAGAUUGUGUCUGUAUUCCACGCUGCUUCCAAACAAAAGGCAUGGGACCAUUUCUCCAAAGCUCAACGCAAGAACCUGGACGUGUGGCGCAAGCAAGCAGAGGAGAUCAGAAACAUGCAGAAUGAAGAGCUGAUGGGUAUCAGACGAGAGGAGGAAAUGGAGAUGUCUGACGAUGACAUGGAGGAUACACACAACCCUGACGAAUCAGGCCCUGUGUCCCAGGCGGAGGCUCUGAAGGAGGAGAAUGACUCUCUGCGCUGUCAGCUGGAUGCCUACAGAAACGAGGUGGAGCUGCUGAAGCAGGAGCAAGGCAAGAACCAAGAACACCCUCCUCCACAGCACAAUGAAGAGGACGCCUGCAGGCAGCAACAACUAACCUUUCUACAACAGGCACUACAGGGCAUGCAGAAGCAACUGCUGAAGAUGUGUGAAGAAAUGAAACAGCGGGAGGCAGAGAUGGAGAAGACUGUGGAGGACAAACAGCAGCUGGAGAGCCAAGUAAAGAGCCUCAAGGAAGGACUGCAGAGCCUGAAAACACUAACAACACACACACCACAGGAGGCAACAGUGUUAGAAGUGGUGUCCUGCAGUCAGGAGAAGGAGACUCUGCCCCCGGAGAAGAGUCCCUCCAAUCCUGUUCACUCUGAGAGAGAAGCCUUGCUAGUUGGGAUCAUCUCUACAUUCCUCCAUGUCCAUCCAUUUGGAGCCAGCAUCGAGUACAUCUGCUCCUAUCUACAGCGGCUGAACACCAAGAUAAAUACAGGGGAGGUGGAUGCUCUACUGGGUCGGCUGCCCUGUACCUUCAGACAGGAGUCGACGGGGGUAGGCGCCAGCCUGGAGAAACGCUGGAAGUUCUGUGGCUUCGAGGGCAUCAUGAUCACAUAG